AUGUUCAGCAUGAGUCUGCUUGAAAUCAGCGAGAACGUGAAGCUCGCCCGGGAGUACGCCCUGCUGGGGAACUACAGCUCCGCGCUGGUCUGCUACCAAGGCGUGCUGGAGCAGAUCAAGAAGUACCUUUUUGCAGUCAAGGAUGCCGCUUUGCAGCACAAAUGGCAACAGGUGUGGCAGGACAUAAAUGAUGAAAAUAAACAUGUCCGGGAGAUAGUGAGCACUCUGGAAAGCUUCCAGUUGGAAAACACGCCCUCUAAACCCCCAAGUCAAGACGGAGACAUCUGGCCUGUUCAGGUUGAGCGCAGGUAUGUGCCCCGAAGUGGAAGACAUUUUUUUGCAUUACAGAAUAAAUCUGCUGAUGUUUCAGAGACUGAAGUCAAGAAGUUUGAUGGAACUGGAUAUGAUAAAGACCUUGUAGAGGCCCUCGAAAGAGAUAUAAUCUCUCAAAACCCAAAUGUGAAAUGGGAUGACAUUGCAGACUUGGAAGAAGCCAAAAAACUGUUGAAGGAAGCUGUCGUACUGCCUAUGUGGAUGCCGGAGUUCUUCAAGGGAAUUCGUAGGCCCUGGAAGGGAGUGCUGAUGGUGGGCCCCCCCGGCACAGGAAAGACGCUGUUGGCCAAAGCCGUGGCUACGGAAUGCAGAACCACCUUCUUCAACGUGUCUUCAUCAACACUCACCUCCAAGUACAGAGGAGAAUCUGAGAAAUUAGUACGACUCCUGUUUGAGAUGGCCAGGUUCUACGCUCCCACCACCAUCUUCAUCGACGAGAUCGACUCGAUGUGCAGCCGCCGGGGAACGUCGGAAGAGCACGAGGCCAGCAGGAGGGUGAAAGCAGAGCUGCUCGUCCAGAUGGACGGUGUGGGCGGGGCCUCAGAAAAUGAAGACCCGUCAAAAAUGGUCAUGGUUUUGGCAGCCACAAACUUCCCCUGGGACAUAGACGAGGCGCUGAGACGACGACUAGAAAAGAGGAUUUACAUUCCUUUACCUUCAGCUAAAGGCAGAGAGGAGCUCCUAAAGAUCAGCCUGAAAGAGCUGGAGCUAGCAAAUGAUGUUGAUAUGGCGAAAAUAGCAGAGCAAAUGGAGGGUUAUUCUGGAGCUGACAUCACCAAUGUAUGCAGAGACGCCUCCCUGAUGGCCAUGCGCCGGCUCAUUGAGGGCCUGACGCCGGAGGAGAUCCGCAACAUCUCCAGAGACGAAAUGCACAUGCCGACCACCAUGGAAGAUUUCGAGACGGCUUUGAAAAAGGUGUCCAAGUCUGUGUCCGCAGCAGACCUGGAAAAAUACGAAAAGUGGAUUGCGGAAUUUGGCUCCUGUUAAGGCAUUUUUUUUUCCCCUUAGAACUUAGUUUUAAAACCUCCCUAACGCUCAGGGGAAAACAGGUGCAGUUCCUGACCGAAGAUUUUUUUUUUCCAUCUGGGAAAUGUGUAGCAGGUAUUUGACGUGACCUGUGCAAAUCAGAAUAUUAGGGUUGUUCCAUGAUUAUGAAUUAAGAUUAUAAUUCAUAAGUUCCUGAUUAUGAAUUAAGUGCAACAAUUUAAUAUUCAUGUUUGAUUCUGUACUACAGCCUGAUUGAUGGGAUAAGGUCAUUCCUUGAUUGGGCUCUCAUCUAGCUCAUUCUGAUUCUCAGAAAUUUGAGCAGCCAAUGAGUCUGCAUUUUUAAAAGUAGAAAAACAUGAAAUAUUGGUGGCAUUACAGUCAACUGUUGAUGUCCUUUUAGAAGUUAAUAUUUCACGACUGCUUCAAGAUCAGUUCAUUGCAUUUUCAGAAAGUUAUCUGCAUUUGAAAUCGGAUGAUUCAUUUUAUCUGUCAGGUUGUAGAACUGUCUAUAAAAUUACAUCAACCUCUAGCACUUGCAUCAUAUUUGAGAUGGGAGCUUAUGAGACACUCCUUAUUUUUUCAUUUUUGUUGUAGGUUAUCAGCAUCUUCAUUAUUUCUUGCUUCGAAAUGAAGAUGAGCACUUUGAAAAACACUAAGUUCUUGCACUUCACAGGGUAGGUCUAAAAACAUUAUUUCCUGACUGUGGAACAAGAAAAGCAGAGUUACAUACCUCAGAUGAAUGAGAUCUUUAAGUAUGGAAAAUUUUAGCACUUGUUGCAAUAUUCAUCUGUACGUUGCGCAAAUGGUGAUCAUGUGUUUGUGUAUAUUAGCCGAAGUGCCUGUUGAAGAUUACCUUGUCAACCUUUCUGGGACAGUAAUGUUACACUGUUGCAAUAAAGUUAGAUGUGUGUUGCACACA